AUGUACCACCUCCACCUCGCACUAAACGGCUUCCAGAACUUCCUCCCCACCGUCAUGCAGACACUGUGCUACAGCAGGACGGUCACCGUGGCCCUGACGUGCCCGCCGUACAUCUUCGCCGCGCUGGUCGGCAUUCUAACCUCGUGGACAUCGGGCCGCUGCAACGAACGGACCUGGCACAUCUCCGUCAUGAAAACCAUUGCGGCCGGCGGCUUCAUCGUCGCGGUCGCCACGCUGAACGUUGCGGUGCGCCUGAUCGGCAUCGUCUUCUUCGUGGGGGCCACUUUCGGGAUCAAACAGCCUGACUCUGGGCUGGGCAUCCAGCACGCUCGGCCAGACGGACAAGAACUUUAUGUGUAUUGGGCGCAUACAUGA